CAAGUUUAAUGAGAAGAUGAAAGCAGCUGACCCUUGCGACAUCCUUAUCACGGUGAUGCCCACACUCUGACCGAAAAUAAGCGUCCAGUAGUAAAUUCGCGAUCGUUCAUGCAACAUGCAGAGAUUGCCGAUUUGUCUCAUUGUUUUUACGUGCCUCGGUGUUGGCACCUGGGCAACUGACGGUGUAAAAGGUGGACAACGGCCGCGUUACCCCAACGGGAAUUAUCACGGCACCAACUCCUCGCAAAAUGGCCUUUGCUACAAAAGGGUGCCAUACAGCCACGUUUUAUCUUCAAACUCCAGCGGGUCACCUUACAAUACCAUUCCCCAACCGCCCGGAGGUCACUAUCCUCAAAACGACGGUUGGAUCACCAUAUUAGACUGUUGCGACGGCUACAAGCGCAACGUGACGAGCAGCCUGUGCGAGCCGCAAUGCGAACGCGGCUGCUUCGGCGGCCGCUGCACGGGCCCGAAUGUCUGCAGCUGCCCUCCGGGAUGGCGUCCCGAGGACGGCGUUUGCAUGCCCGUCUGCAUGCACCGGUGCCAGGAGAACGCCUAUUGCUUCUCCCCCGAGGUGUGCAUGUGCAAGUUGGGCUACGACGAGCUCGACGGCCUGUGCAGGCCGAUUUGCCCCGACGGAUGCAGUCACGGCGAGUGCGUGGCGCCGCGCGUCUGCAGCUGCAGGCCAGGAUACGUACUGAAUGAACGCAAGGAGUGCGUGGCCGCGUGCGAGGGCGGCUGCACGCACGGUGUGUGCAGCGGGCCGGGAGUGUGCACCUGCGGCAACGGAUACAUCAACCCUCCCGGCGACCGCGAGUCCUGCGUUCCCCAUUGUCCGGCAGGUUGCGACGGUGAAUGUAUAGCGCCGAACGUUUGCGGCUGCAGGGUCGGCUUCACGCGCAAUCGUACCGGCACUUGCGUGCCGGAUUGCCCGGGUGGUUGCGACGGAGGCGAGUGCGUAGCGCCCGGCGUUUGCAGCUGCAGACCCGGAUACGCGCGGGACCGUUACAGCGGCAGAUGCAUCCCGUCUACCGGUUCAUCGCAGUGCGGAUACGGAUACAUCGUCGAUCCCGACACCGGUAGAUGCAUCCCCGCGCCGACAGUACAGCCCGUCGGCGAUUGCAGACACAACUGCGGUCCGCACGGCAGAUGCGUCAGCUACAAUCGGUGCGCCUGCGAACCGGGAUUCGUCGUUGACCCCGACACCGGUAGAUGCAUCGCCAGCGCGACAUCCACGAUCAACUCGACCCUCUCGCAAUGCAGAUACGGCUGCGGGCCGAACGGCCGAUGCGUCGGCCUGAACGUCUGUGUAUGCGAACCGGGAUUCCGCAGCGAUCCCGAUACCGGAAGGUGCAUUCGGCACGACGUGGGCGGCACGGGCGAGGAGAUGUGCCUGCAUCCGUGCCUGAACGGCCGGUGCACCGGGCUAGAUGAGUGCACCUGCAACCACGGAUACACGCACGACGUCCGCGACGUCACGCGUUCCAGAUGCGUGCCAAUGUGCGCGGGUGGGUGUCCGAACGGCGUGUGCACCGCGCCCAACUUUUGCAUAUGCAAUCCCGGAUAUCGGAAGGAACCCGGUGUCAAGACCGGCCGGCAGAGAUGCGUGCCGCAGGAAUGAAUGAGUUGACGACGCGCGAAACAUAUUGUCAGAUAUUAGUUUGAUGAAGCUAACAAUUUCAGGCAUUAUGACCAACUGAACUUGUACCAUCGACAUCAACUGAUAACAUAAAUUAUAAACAAUGAUUUUUUAUGUGUCUCUUAUUUCACGCGAUAUCAAUCUGUAAUGAUACAUGACGACUUUAACAAACACGCAAAGCAUUGGCGCGAAGAUAAAAUAUCAUCGCGCGCUUAAAAGUUUUGAAGCUAAUAGCUGUUUUGCUAACUAACCCUACACUAUUCUUGAGUAGCAUUCUAGACUGAUCGACAGAUAUAAUUUUCUCAGAGCGAAGAAAGUAUUAAAUAUGUAAAACUCCGAUGGCAAACGAAUACGUUAAUUAUAUAGUAAAUCAUAAGGUUGAUUAUAAAGGCGAGCAUAAAAAUAAAAGCGUUCUAUAAAUCUGAAUCUUGUAGAAAGAUAUGUAAAAAUGACAUUAAAAUAACUUCAAACGC